CGGAAGUGGCCUCGAGGCUGCUGUUCUGAUUCUAUUUGCAAUAACUUAGAAGACAAAAAGCUGUUUCUGCGCUGACAAAAUAGACACAUAGAGGACUGCUCUCCACUUUUUAUGCUGAAGAGUAAUUUGAACCGUUCUUUCCUGCUAAGCUCAGUUCACAGUUGCCCUCGUCUCCUUUGUUUUUUUUUUUUUUUUUUUCCCCCAUGAAGGUAACGAUGUCUCUCUCUGUGUGCCUAAUUCUCACCUUUUUUUGCUCUGUCUUGUCGUCGAAUCACCGCUUCAUGUUCAUAUUUCGGAUUUGUUUUCUAAUGCGUUCUCUAACUAAAUACUAUUUUUUUUUAAGUUUAUUUGGAGUAAAUAAGAAAUUUCCUGUCAACGACGUCGUCGUACAGCUCAGCUGGCUGCAGAAAAAAAAGCUCACGUUUCUGGGGUUUAUGACUGCAGAUGCUUAAAUAAUAAUUAUAGCCAUGUAUUAACAAGGUACCCAUUUGUGUGUUCCCUUUACCUGUAUGUUCGCUUAAGUUCAAGAACUUUUGGAUGUGGGCGGUAAAGGACAACACUGGUUUUUGAGCCCGAGUCCGUUUUCAUGCAGUUCGCCCCCAGGUCCUAAGCUCCGCCUACUUCGGAACCUCCCGUGUCCGCCGUGUCGGCUCGCGCUCCACGCGUUCCGCACGCUCUACACGCGGGGCCAACUGUAUGACAAGGCUGCCGCCCGCUGUCCCCAGGUGCAGCAUGCUGGGCCAGUGCCGAAUGCAGGACGGCGAGCGGUGGGCCCUGCGCACCUGCACCGCGGCCCUUGGCGACCAGCUCGUGGUGGAUGAGCACCUCGUGCAGAUCCUGCUUGCAGAUGGCAUCAUCACUGAGAGCAUGGCUGAAGCAAUACUGGUGGAGCCGACAUCUCGAAAGAAAUGUUGGCGCCUCCUGUCUCUGCUGCCCAAGCGAGGACCAAGAGCCUUCAGCAGUUUCUGCGCGGCCCUCAGGACCACUGAGCAGCAGCAUCUUUGCAACCUGCUGAUGGACCACAUUCAGAGAAAUGCGGAGAACUCUGUGGAAUCCUCUCUGCCAUUAGGCAUCCAAGAAGAUGCUGUAAGAGCCAAGAUACCGAGGACCAAUGAGUCACUGGCAAUGUGCCUUGAUGCAGACAGUCCAGUCACCAAAGCGGUCCUCCCCUGUGCACCAGAUUUCUACAUCUCUCACUGCAAACGGGCAUACACAAUGAUCUCCAGUCCCCGGGGCCUCGCCCUUGUCAUCAGCAAUGUGACCUUUGACCCCACACUACCUGAACUAGUUGAUCGAGUUGGCGGAGAUGUGGAUGAAGAUGAACUGAGGAGAGUUUUUGCUGAACUGGACUUCAGAGUCACUGUGGCCCGAAAUCUCACAGCACAGGGCAUGAGGAACUGUAUCGAGCAGUUCCGCGACAGGCCAGAUCACCAGGCAGCAAACAGCUGCGUUGUGUGUCUUCUGUCUCAUGGCGUGGAAGGGGCAGUCUAUGGUGCAGAUGGUCAGCUAUUGGAGCUGGACUGGGUGUUUCAGGCUUUUGAUAAUGCUCACUGUCCUCUGCUUCAGAACAAGCCCAAAAUGUUCUUCAUCCAGGCCUGCAGGGGAGAGGAGAUGGACAAUGGUGUAGAUCAGUCAGACGGUACUGACCGAAUGCAGUCCCCUGGCUGUGAUGAGAUGGAAGCGGGCAGAGAAGAGGGGCAAGGGAACGGAGUAAAGGGUGAGAGAGUGCAAGAGCGACUACAAGUGAAGCUGCCUCAGCGCUCUGACAUGAUCUGUGGGUUUGCCACUCUGAAAGGUACUGCAGCAAUGAGGAACACAAAGAAGGGCUCCUGGUACAUUCAGGAAUUGACCAUGACCUUGAGACAGAGAGCCAUGGACACCCACCUGUCAGACAUCCUGGUCCAGGUGAAUGCGCACAUCAAGGAGAGAGAAGGAUAUGCUCCAGGAACUCAGUAUCACCGCUGUAAGGAGAUGUCCGAGUUCACCAGUUCCUUGUGCAAAGACCUCUACCUGUUCCCCAAGUACUACCCCAAGCAUUAAUUCCAUCGCAGGCUCUGUUCCUUUGCCAGAGAUCAUACACACUCUAGCUUGCAUCUUGUGGACAUGCACAUGAAACAAAAUGGGACUUGGGUGUAAAAAUGCAAGUUAUCUAUUUGAAGUGUGUUACCUUUGUACUGUUUUUGUGCUGCAAUAUUGUUCCUCAUGACAUAUCCAACACAGCGUAUGUUCAUGUGUUCAAAUUACUUUUUUAAACUAAGCACUUCUGGCCACAGUUCAUGCCGGGGAAAAAUUCAAAGUAUAUUUUUAAGAAGCAUUUUAUACAAGUUUUUAAAGCUGUUUUAACUAAUAAUUUAAUUUUCACUAGUUUUGUUUAAGAUAUAACAUUUUCUGAUAAAUUUAAGAUUUGUUUUCAUUUUCAAAGUCAAUUUUUUUUUAAGAAUAUUAAUACUAAAAACCGCAUGUUACUUAGAGGGGCCAGUUAGUAGAAUUUAGAGCACUGCAAUCCAAGGAUUCGGGUUUGAAACCCACUUCCUGCUGUAAUACUGCUACGUAAGUAUAUGCUUUCCAUUGCUGUAAAUUACAAGCCAGCAUUUAAUGGCCAGUGGGAUUGGCCAGAUUCUUAUGGACGACUUCAUAUCGCAUGGACACUGGUGAAGGUUAUGCCUGUGUUUCUGUGUAUGCAUUUCACAUAGCCAUACAUUAGGACGUGAAUGUGGUCCGAAUUCAUCGAAUUUCACAUGCAUACCCAAGGUUCCAUGGAAAUUGAGACACUGCCCUUAUGACUCUGGAAUGAUCCACAGAGACGGCACAGCAAAAUUGCUUUUCGCCUUUUAAAUAGCAGUGGGAGAAAUGUCUAUCAGUGUUGAGGAGCUCUUGUAUAUGUUCAUGAUGAGCUGCAGGAGCUGUACUGUGCUAAAAUCUUAUAUAGCUUGUUGUAUAUGAAAGAACAUUGGUUGAGGGAGGAAUCCAAGCAGUGCUCAAGCAGUUUAACCUAAAAUGAUAUUUUCAGGCAAAAUUUCUGAAUAGUCACACUUUGAAUGGAUUUUUUUAAGGAUAUUUACACCUUGAAGCAUAUUCUCACUUUUAAUGAAUUUUUAAGGGUAUUUGCACUUUUAAUAGUUCCACACUUCUGUAACACUUUAAAAAAAUGUUAUGUGAUGAUAAAACGCAACAAUGUUCUUCCCGGCGUUCGAUAUUUUUAAAUGCCAAAAUGUUUCCGCACACUGUAGAGAUCUUCUGCAUUUCUCAAAGUGGCUGUGUAGUGUAGUGUACUGUGGCUGUGCUACGGGAGCAGUAUUGAUUCAUUCCGGUCGGAGCGGAGAGUUUCGUUGGUAGCGUCGUACAGCAGAGCUGUACCCCGAAAGAGCGGUGCUGAUUGAACAGCGAAUCAGACGAAGCACUUUGUGCCUCCUCGUAGCCUCUCUUGGGCAGGGGUGGAGGAAUGAGCAGAGCACACAGGUGUCUUGGGACAGAGGACUUCAGUAGGCAGUUUGGUUUUACACCGCUGAAAUACUCAGGGGAGAGGUGUCAAAUGUACUGCCGUUAUAUGAUUUUCAUUGAGCUCAAAUGAGGUGCUGGGAAAUGUGAUUUCUCUUUUGUCUUAAUUCUGUGACAAUGACUGCCAAAU